AUUUUGCAGGCUCAGUCUCAUGGUUGUGGCUUGAGUCUGAACUCGACAUUGUGCCAUGAGAGGACUCUUAAUUCUAGCAGUCCUGUGCCAGGGGCUGUUUGCCACCAACCCCUCAGACUGCAGGAAUUAUACAGCACAGGCCGCUGCUGAUGAAGCUGAAUACCUCAUUAACAAACUACACCAUCAUGGAUACAAGUUCAAAUUGGCCAGUUUCACGGAGGAACAGAGCCCAUCAGAUCAGCCUUCAUGUCUAAAUAAAUUGACCUUGACAUUAAGUGAGACCAAAUGCCAUAUUGUGAACCCCAAGCCUUUAGAAGAAUGUGAGAUCAGGGAGGAGGCUUAUACGCCAGUAACAGCAAUAUGCAACAUCUCUUUUUGUGAUGGUGGAGAUAAACCAGGCAUUGCACGCUUAUCCUGCGAUACUGAGCCAGCUUCAAGUAAAGAGCUAGUAAGGAAGUGCCCAGAUUGCCCGACACUUCUGCCCUUGCAUGAUCCUCAUGGCUUGGAGAGUGUAAAAGCUGCUAUUGAGAAGUUCAACAAGGAUUCUAACCAAACCUCCUACUUUAAAUUAUUAGAAGUUGGCAGACUGAGAACCCAGUAUAACAUGAUGUUUGGAAUGUCCAACUUUGCUGAGUUUGCAAUAGUAGAGACUGAAUGUUCAGACAAUGUGAAAAAUGAAGAAAAACUUGCUUGCAAGCAAAAAUGCCCAAAUGAAGCACAUCAUGGAUUCUGCAUAUCCACACAACUUGGAAAUGGUGAUUUGACUGUAGACUGUGAGAUUUAUGAUAUCCAAAAUACAACACGUCACCCACAUACUCCAUUCCACCAUGGAAAGCACUGUGACCACCAUAAAAGAGACCCACACCAUAAAGGGCACCAUGAGAGUGGAGAACAUGAUACCCAUCCAGGACACUCCAAACGUCCUGGUCAGCCUGAGCAUCCAGAGCAUGCCACCAGCGCUGGUCCAUUAAGCCACCGAUUCUGUUUUACUCGUGCAUCUAGAGGCAAACCUCAUCAUCGAGGUCCACCUCAUCAUGGGGGUCACUCUCACCAUGGAGGUCGCCCUCAUCAUGGGGGUCCACCUCACCAUGGAGGUCCACCUCAUCAUAGACACCAUGGAGAUCAUGAUGAUGACCAUAAGAAAAAACACCCUAAGCCAGAUGUGUCCAGUACUCAUCCUACCCCUCCAGGAUCUGAGGAACAGCCAGAUUUCUCUUUCCGGCAUUGCCAUGGUGCUGUAAAAAUACCACCAUCUAUCCAUCCUAUCUGUCCAUUCCCUCCAUCCUUCAGGGGGGCUCAUCAUUAAAGCUGAACAUUUUUCUUUCAUACAAUCAGAAUUAGAAAUGUUAAACAAAACUUACAUUCAAAUAACUGAACUUUCUGCUAUAUACAGUGGUUGCUACAAAUGGUUUUCUUAAACAAUUGAAAUGGCAUAUGCAAUAAAUUUCCGGUUUCACCACGCAA